AUGUCGAACGAAGUUACGAAGAAGAAAAUACAACUUAAAACUUUAAAGAAACUUACAACAGAGUUAUUUACUAAGUCGAGUAAAAUCAUACACGACGCAGAGUUAUCUAUCGAAAAAAAGAUGUUAAAAUUACGACCACUCAAAGAUGUACUACAUGGGAAAACAGGAUAUGUUAAGAACUUUUAUGAACAAUUAAAUAUCGAAAAAGAUAAUCAAGGCAUUUAUCGCUGUCAAGGCCGUUUACAACAUGCACCUCUACCGUAUCAAGCCAGAUUUCCCGCCGUAAUCAAUCAGAAACAUAAAUUAGCAGAGUUAAUUGUUCUAGAAAAACAUGCAAUCGUGAAACACGCAGAAGUUAGUCAAAAGUUAACCGAGAUCAGACAGGAGUACUGGAUAAGUAAAGGGCGUAGUUUUGUCAGAAAGAUGUUACGACCUUGUGUAACGUGCAGGAAAUUCCUUGGAAAGCCGUAUCCGUACCCAUCACCACCACCGUUGACAAAGUUGCGGUUAAAUGAUAGUAGGACAUUCGCCGUGAUUGCGGUUGAUAAUUGUGGUCCUUUAUUUGUCAGGAACAUGUACGGGGCAGAUAGAAGUAUGUUGAAGGCGUGGAUUGUUCUGUUUACUUGUGCAGCUAGUCAGGGAAUAGUGCUUGAUUUGGUAUCUGACAUGAGUGCUGACUCAUUCAUUUGGAGUUUAGAGCUUUUUCUAAGUCGUAGAGGUUGCCCAAACGACAUAAUAUCCGACAAUGGAAGAAACUUCAUCGCACGGUCCACGCAGAAUUAUGCUACUCAAUACAACAUCAAGUGGCAUUUCAACUUACCACUCGCGCCAUGUUUUGCUCCAGAUAGAACAAUAGUGAACAACAGACCGAUAACCUAUGUGUAUCUUAUGGAAUUACAACAAUGUCUCACGCCGAAUCAUCUACUAUUUGCACGUCGUCUUGAGUCUAUAUAUUUAUCACCGCAUGACACAUCACUCGCGUAUAUUGAUGUCACAGCCCACCAUCAACAGAUAUAUCUCACCGAACUGCGUGUACAAAACCGCCAUAAGAAGACACAGGAGGUAAAACUUGACGACAUCGCGUUAAUACAAGACGAGAAAUUGCCACGAUCCUUGUGGAGAAUAGGCAGAGUUUUAAAUAUUUUGGAAAGUAAGGACAAUAAGAUAAGAGGGGCCGAAAUUAUACUAUCCAACUCAACCUUCCUUAAGAGACCUGUCAGAAGCCUUUACCCCGUCGAAUACAGUCCUCAGAAAAACGUAGACAAACAAAGUGAUAACAUUUGCAAUAUAACGCAACGUCGUUCGCGUAGAGAAGCAGCUAUCGUUGGCGAGCUUAAAAAUAAAAGGUUUGAUGUAAAUAUUAAUAACAAAAUGGAGGCGAAGAUGAGCCACAAAACGUGUUUGCAAAAAAAAAAUUAUUUGAAUUUCCACGCAAAAUAUAAAAUGGUAGAUAAGUGGCUACGUAUGAGAGUUGAAGCCGGAGAUGAAAAUAAGAAUAACAUAUUUAGCUUAAUCCGAUCGCAGAACAACAGAGAAAAAAAUGUGACAAUACAAUAUAAGCAGCUUGCAACUAAAUUAGCAAAAAUACACAGAAGUAAACCUUUCGGUAAUGUGAAGUUAUGA